AUGGCGCUUGCGCUCUGCUUCACCAGGCAACUACAAGCGCCGCCCGUCGUCGCGGGGGAGCCGGGCGGCCCCACCGCCGCCGUCAACCUCAUCUUAUCGCAAGUGCCCGUCUACGCCGCGCUAGCGCUGCUGGCCGCCGGCGCCCGCGGCGGCACGCUCCAGGAGCUCCUUGACGUGCUCAGUGGAGACUCCCACGACGACCUCGCCGCGUUCGCCCGCCGUGCCACGGAGCGGGAGCGCACGCUCGCAGACCGGUCGCGGUCGGGCGGGCCGGCCGUCGCGUUCGUGUGCGGCGCGUCGCACGACACAGCGUGGGCGCUCCUACCGGCCUUCCGCGCCGCCGCCGCCGCGUCCUACAACGCCGAGGCGCACGCCGUCAACUUCAGUAACGAGCCGGAGAAGGCAGUUGGCGAGAUCAACGGCUGUUUGGCGGCGGCGACUAACAAGCACAUUGACCCGAUCCUAGAUCCAAGUUCAGUGAACACACUGACAAGCCUCAUGCUCUGCAGCGCCAUCUGCUUCAGGGGCAGAUGGGAGGCACCGUUCGCCAAGGCGCACACGGUGGUGGACAAGUUCCACCGCCUCGACGGCAGCACUGCUGACGUGCCCUUCAUGUACUCAGUGCGCAGUCAGUACAUCGCCAUCCGCAACGGGUACAAGGUGCUCAAACUCCCAUACAGAUCACCGGCACCAGCACGGGCACCAGCACCACGUAAGGGAUCAUCAUCAGAGAGCAAUGUUGGCGAUGACCCCGCCCCGAAAUACUCCAUGUGCAUCUUCCUGCCUGACGAGCGGGACGGGCUCCCAGGUACCUACAUAGUAGUGGACUUCCCUACUGCCGCCGUGCGCCGCUCCGUGCCUCUUCCUCCCGCCGCCCCCACCUUCUACCUGUUGUGGAUUUGCAAGUUCAAGCUGUCCGCCUCCGGCAGCGUGAGGCAGGUGCUGAGACACGGCAUGGGGAUCAGUUCUGUUUUCGUUGCUAGCGAAGCUGACCUAGCCGACAUGGCGGCCAAGCGUGACGAGGACGCUGCUGGCACGCCGCUGUACGUUGCUGACGUCUGCCAUAAGGCGGUGCUUGAGGUGAACGAGGUUGCCGAUGUCUGCCAUAAGGCGGUGCUCGAGGUGAACGAGGGUGGCACCGUUGCCAUUGGUGCCACUGCCAGCUACAUGCUCUGUGGGGCAAGUGCGAUAAUGGAUCAGCCGGUGAAGGUGGAUUUCGUUGCUGACCACCCAUUUGUGUUCUUUGUGAUCGAGGAGGUGUCUCGUGCGAUCAUCUUUGUUGGCCGCAUCCUCGACCCUUCGAUUUCAGGGUGA